AUGACGCUCAGGGAAGAGUUCCAGACUCGGAAUUUUAGUAUUUACGGACAAUGGCUUGGAAUCCUGUCCAUGAUUCUUUGCUUCGCUACAGGCUUGUCCAACAUCUUCACGCUCUUCUCCAAACAUGCGCUCCUGAUCAUCUUUUGCGCACUCGCCCUCGCCUCAUCCUUCAUCAUUCUGUUUAUUGAGGUGCCGCUGCUCCUCAGAAUCUGCCCGACGUCCCCCAAAUUCGACGAGCUCAUCCGCAAGGUCACCUCCAACUACAUCCGAGCAGGCACCUACGGCGUUAUGGCUAUUGUCCAGUUCCUCAGCACGAUUAUCGUGUCAUCGAGCUUGAUCGCUGCGGCGGUUUUUCUGCUGCUGACAGCCAUCUGCUAUGGUCUCGCCGGUCUCAAGGGACAGGCCUUUAUUGGAAGCAAGACUCUUGGCGGCGCGGGAAUUGCGCAAAUGAUUGUCUAA